CCCCAAACCAUCCUCCUUGCCUUCUGGAUGAACGCGCCCCCCCGCGCCCUCACCAAAUACAUCCAACACUACCAAACCCUCUAUCCCACCGCCCGCAUCCUCACCCUCCACAGCACCACCCGGGACUUCCUCCUCCCCCCAUCCCCAUCCACCCAACAAACCCUCCUUCAACCCGCCGUCGACUACCUCCUCCUCCAGAACCAAACCCGGACCAAGAAUCAAGAACAGCAAGGCACCCACAUCCACAUCCACCUCUUCUCCAACGGCGGCAUCUUCACAACCACCACCCUCCUCUCCGCCUACCGCCACACAACCGGCCACGCCCUCCCCAUCACCUCCCUGAUCAUCGACAGCGCUCCCGGAAAACCCACACUAGGGGGUGGCUUUCGUGCGUUUUCGUUCAUCUUGCCCGGGAAUGUUUUCCUGAGGGUGGUGGGGCAGGUCCUCUUGGGGAUGUUGUUGGGGGUGAUGUUUGGGGUGUUUUGGGUGUUUGGGGUGGAGGAUGCGGUACGGUUGGGGAGGAGGAGAAUUAAUGAUAAAGAAUUGGUGGGGAAGGGAAUGGGGAGAAGGUGUUAUGUGUAUUCGGAGGAAGAUGGGUUGGUGGAGUGGAGGGAUGUGGAGGAGCAUGCGGAUGAGGCGGAGGAGUUGGGAUUGGGGAGUGUGAGGAGGGAGAAGUUUGUGGGGUCGGAGCAUGUGGCGCAUAUGAGGGUGGAUGGGGGGAGGUAUUGGGGGGUGGUGAGG